AUAAAGUGUGUCAACAAUCUACCAACAAUAUGAGUGGUCAUGUUCGUGAGGAAAUCCCCAUUUUUUUCUAUGUCUAUGCAUGUGUUAGUGUGGGCGAAGAGGAAGUGAAUGGUUGCAUAUAUAUAUAGUAAUCCCAAGCAGCAGUCAACAGCACAAAGCCCUCACUGGAGAAAAAGAUGAAGCUGGAAUCUGUUGUCAAAGCCUUAGGAUCUCUGUGUCUACUGCUUGCAGAUGGAUUUCCAGGUACAGUAUGUUUUAUGGCUGAAGACUUCAUUUUUAUGCAUUUAGAUUUUGUGCUAACCUUAAUUUGUUUUACAGUUUCUGAGGAUGAAUCUCCAGAGAUCAUUGGGCCACAUCGCGUCCAAAUAAAAGCUCAUCCAGGAGAGCAUCUGUUCCUUCACUGUGAAGCGUUUGCAAACUGUGAAGCUGAUAUGACAAUCAUAUACUGGCUCGUCAACGGCUCUUUCCCCGAAGAAACGCCCAGCAGUGGCAGAAUAGUGGAAUCAGAGGAAACCGCCAUAGACGAGGGCACAAUCCUACAGAAGAGUUUGCUGUUGAAGAACGUCACAAAAGAGGACCUCAAAUCCACCUUCACCUGUGUUGUGACCAACGCAGCUGGAACGGACCAAAAGCACACAACGUUAGUGACAUCACGCAGAGAUUGUAAUGCGGGAAAACACAAAAAACACUGAAUGUUAACUGCAGUAAGAAGUGUAACU